AUGUUCAUUUUCCCUCGAUACUUCGAAAUUCAGGCAGAAAAAAGGCUGUUCACUUUGGAGCACAGAACACGUUGUCGUCUUGAAACCGCAUCAGAGCUGCUGACAAUGCUUUCUUUGGGUGCUAGACCCAAGGAGCGGGUUUUGGUCUGUGAUCAAAACGGUGACUCAUUCCCUAUCACGGAGAUUCAGCAGUUUGUCAUCCAAAUAUUGACCGAGACACACGAGUUUCUAGCCGAUGUCCGACUAACGCCCAGGACGCACGAGCCGAGCCAAACUACCGAACCGGUCGGGGGAACUACAGUAGAAGUUACAGAAGUUCCCGAUAGUCGAGGUCGCCUGAUUUGUGUACUAGACUACUGUCGUCGUGCUGUUGUUCAAUGUGAAACAAUUCUUCACGAGCUGGGCGUAUGGUGUGCGGCCCAGAUAGCUCGAGUAUUUGUAAAACACCUAAUCGGUUUAGAUCGACGCCGUAGCGCCCAGCUGGCUGGAAAAGGAGCACAAUUAGCUGCAACAAACGCAGAACACGGCGAAGACCAGUUGGCUCGAAUUUUACGAUUCACGUAUACACAACUGUGCAUCAUUGUUCGUCUUUUUCAAGUUGUGUUUGAUAAAUGCAUGACACUAGAAACACUACGAACCAUGAUCUCCCCGAAAAUUCUCACAAUGAUCGAUCAACUCAAAGCGUACAAACCCAGUCUGGAUUUUCGAAUCGAGGUGGCUGAACUGCCUGGACCGUUCAGCCAAGGUUUGGGUCGGAAAGCUCGCCGACGACGGAAUCGUUCUCAGUCGGGAUCUCAGUCAAGUACAGUGGGGAGCAGCAGUGGCGGUACUGUAACACCUUUGCGACUCCUUUCUGCCGAUACUUCCUCGUUGUCUGAUAGUUCGGCGGAUACGAUGAGCAGUUUAUCUGAUGCCGAUGAGCCGAACGAUAAGCUUAGCGUAAACUCUCGGGCAUCUUCUGCUUCACGUAAUGCCUUGGUUCGUUCCGGUGGGGCCAAAUCCCGUUCAAAAGGUUCAAACAAAUUUUCCACCACUCCGAAAGCACGUGAUCUGCAUUUUGUUCCCGCCUCGUCACUCAUUGACGGUGGUCUCCGACCCGGCAUGGACCCAUCCCAGUUGGUCUACCGUGCUGUAAUUGCACCAACCGCGGAUUCAGAUCGGCCGCAGUUGGUCUCGCAAACUAAACUGUGCGGUCUCAUCUUGGUCCGUUGUCAGUUCACGGCUUACGCCUUAUCUCGUCUAAUUGAUGAGCUAUGCAUUUGGGAUGUAGACUUGUUCUUCAUCAAACCGGGUCAUUUGUUCUCUCAGCAAACCUCAGACACCGCCUCGCGCACUCGUCCUGGUUGCGCAACAAACCAGUCCAUGUUGAAGACAGGUGAUGAAACAAUGACUGCAACACAAGUCAGUAAUUCAGGGAUCUCCAGUUUUCCGGCUACUCAGGAAGAAACGGUUUCCAAAUUUCGUCGCGGUUCAAUCAAUUUGCUCGUGGCCACUCAACCGGCAGUAGCCGCUGCUGCAGGUGGUACCGAAUUGCCCCGGUGUAAUCUGGUGGUCGCGUUGCAACCCCCGCGCAGCUUGGCUGAAUAUCUAUCCAGCAAAGCCCGAUCUCGCCUGGUCGAUCAUGGAGCACAGGUUAUAUACUUGGUAGAUGCCGAUCGAAUGGACCCAUCGGACAAUGUGUCUGUCUUGGCCAGUACACCGAAUGGGCUGACUUAUUCUACAAACGAUGCAACUAAACUGGACGAGGAAGAACCGAAGCAGAACCAAGUGCUAGAACGGUUCGUUUUCUAA